AUGAAACUCAUACGAAUCGAGGAUCAAAAAUAUUACUACGAGCUUACAGUCGCGGAAUCGCUCGCACUAGCCAAAUGCUACAAAGAAAAUGGCGUGAAAAUGUUCACCAAGUAUCCACUGUUUGCUCACGCGUACUUCAACCAGGCGGCCAAAUGUUUGCUUUCCUGGUCACCGAUCGAACAGCUCGAUCCAGCCAUCGAAGGUGUUGGCACGGUGGAGCAAAUGCAAUCACUGCUCGAAACACUCUAUCUUAACAUUGCCGCCUGUCUGAUCAAACAGAACCGCUACGAGGAAGUUCUGCACGUACUGCAAUAUACCAAUAAACAGGAAAACCCCUCGGCAAAGGCAACGUAUCGGAAAGCGUUGGCACAGUUUAAGGUCAAACAGUACACCGAAGCACUUGCCACACUGGAAAGGAUCGAUUACGCAAAUAGUAAGGAGUGUGUCGCGUUACACAAGCAGAUCAUCCAAUCGCGCCAACAGGAGGACAGCAUAUACAAUUCCAUGGUAAAAAAAAUGUUCGCGUAG